UUUGUUAUGGCUGCAAAUAUUAAUACGGUUAAUUUCAAUACCUCCGUUGCAGUGGCAGCUGUUAAUCACUCUGCUGGUAGCCCUAACCAAUCACAUCGUGCCACGACAGAGGAUUCUCCGCCCUGGUCUGAAAUCGUCCUCCGGCGGGAAUCCGACCCAACUGCGGGUAGUCCAUUAACGCAUUCGUCCUCUUCGUCGCCGCCACCGUCAGCGUCGGUGGUCGAGCCGUAUGUUACGACGGAGUUCGGAGAGGGAGGUGUCGAGAAUGCGGGUACUGGGCCAAACGGCAAUGCUGGUAAGAGGACCGCUUGGAACAGACCUUCUAACGGCGGUACCGAGAUUGGGGUCGUUAUGGGGGCCGACACGUGGCCUGCUUUGUCUCCGUCCGCAGCUAGGGUUCCUCCCAAAUCUUCUUCAGAUUCACCCAGAGCUUCAUUGGAUGGAUCAUCGUCUUCUCCUUCUGUUGUCCCCGUUUCUCAGGGGAGUGGAAGUGCACCGCCAUCAUCGGCUUCGCAGAAACCAGUCAGCAACAGCGUGAAGUCAAAUUCAAAUUCGACUCCGAACCAUAACACUCCUGCACGACAGAGGUCAAUGAAACGAAAUAGUAAUAACUCAGCAUCUAAUGGUGGUCUCUCACAGGCACCGCCUCAAGGUCCUGUGGUUGAAUCACCUGUUAAUAGCCCUUCAUCUAGGGAUCACGUACAGAGAAGUAGUUUUGUAUCACAGUCUCAUACUAGUGGUAAUGAUCAGCCACACCCACGGAAUUCAUUUAGACAACGUAAUGGUGGUCCACAUCCACGAGGAGAUGGUUCUCACCAUCAGAAUUUUGGAGGAAGGCGCAAUCAAGAUCAUGGAAAUCAUGAGUGGAAUGGUCGAAGUUUUAAUAACAGGGAUGGUCACAUGCAGCCAAGAGUUGCUCCUAGGUUAAUGAGGCAUCCGCCACCACCUCCACUGCCUAAUACUUUACCUUUUAUUGCACACACUCCUAUGCGGCCUUUUGGCACCCCAAUGGGGUAUCCUGAUUUGACAUCUCUUUAUGUUGUCCCGGCUGCUCCUCCAGAGUCACUUAGAGGUUUGCCAUUUGUUGCACCGAUGCCCCCAAUGUUUUUCCCACCCCCAGAGCCUCUUGACAAUCAGUUGCAUGCUAGAAUAGUGAAUCAGAUAGAUUAUUAUUUCAGUAAUGAAAAUCUAAUUAAGGAUACCUACUUGAGGCAAAACAUGGAUGACCAGGGCUGGGUUCCUAUUAAAUUAAUAGCCGGCUUCAAAAAGGUUUCACUUUUGACUGAUAAUAUUCAGCUUAUAACGGAUGCUCUGCAAAGGUCAAUGGUUGUGGAAGUGCAGGGUGACAAAGUAAGGAAGCGGACCGAUUGGAUGCGAUGGAUAAUGCCACCUUCUGUUCAGUUCCCUACCAUUUCUGGUCAGGAUACGUUGGCUGCUCGUGUUCAGAAGAUUUCAUUGGAGCAGAAAACCGCAAACCAGAGUGGUACAAGUAACCAAGAAGAUACUAAUGCCAGUGGACUGUCAGGUAGAGCAUUGUCGGGAGACUUCAAUAAUCAGUCACAGCAACUCAACAGUGAAGGAACAUCUGUCGGUGCUCAGGCUGGUCCGGCAAGUAAUUCAACUUAAGCUAAACUUGCCGUUGCUUGCAGAAAAAGUUCCUGGGAAGAUAGAGCAGAGAGUGAUUUUGACACCAUGGGUUAUUAUUUUGCCUUGCUUGAAGACGAAAUACGGUUCUUUUCGUGACUUGUUGCGACGAAAUAUGCUUUUUCUCGUGACUUGUUGCGAAAUGAAAUAUGAUUUUCUCGUACGGGAAAUUAGAGGAAACUUUACGAGAAGAAAACGAAAACACCAUUUGGAAAAAAAGAAAAAAAAAAAAACAAACCUUUGAAUUCGAGCUAGUAGGACAAAAUUUUCGUGUCUUUAAUGAAUUGUUUUCUUUUUUUUUUUCGUGCCCUCAUGGAAAUGUUGGAUUUUGCUUUA